GCCGCGGUCCGAGCGCGCACGGCUUGCGCGUCCUCCGCCCGCGACUCAUGUCCCGCCGCAAGGCCGGCUGCAUGCCCCGCCGAGUGGAACUCGAGCCCGCCAGCAGCUCGGACGACGAGCUGGAGAUGCCGGACCUCGUCAUCGACGUGAAGCUCGAGCCGGACGCGCGGCCCCUGCAGGCCCCGGCGCUGGAGGAAGCGCCCGCGCCGGGGAGCUUCAGGAGCGAACCCUACUUCUCCCCUGCCCCUCCCCCCGCCCCUCGGCGUGCGCGGCCACUCGGAACCCCCAGCCCUCAUCCUGGCCCCACCCGGUGCUCACCAACCCGCUUCCUCCCUGCAGACCGCCAGCCCUGCACCGAGAAACACCCCGAUCUGUUGACCUGCGGCCGCUGCCUGCAGGCCUUCCCGCUGGAGGCCAUCACGGCCUUCAUGGACCACAAGAGGCUGGGGUGCCAGCUGUCCAGAGGCCCCAGCCCCGGCCAGUACUCAGAUCACCCCGAGGACCUGAAAGUCCUGAGCUGCCUCCGCUGUGGCCGCCAGUUCGCCGGUGCCUGGAGGCUGUUGCGCCACGUGCAGUGGGACCAUGGACUGUCCAUCUACCAGACGGAACCCGAGAGCCCUGAGGCCCCGCUGCUGAGCCUGGCUGAGGUGGCCGCUGCCGUGUCCCCCGUGGCAGGGCCGGAGACCGAGAUCAAGGUCAAGGUGCCGCGGCCAAGCAGCCUGGGACGCCGGAGCCCCACCUGCCCGGUGUGCACCAAGACCCUGAGCUCCUUCAGCAACCUCAAGGUCCACAUGCGCUCCCACACGGGUGAGCGGCCCUACGCCUGCGACCAGUGUCCCUACGCCUGCGCACAGAGCAGCAAGCUCAACCGCCACAAGAAGACCCACCGGCAGGCACAGGCCCUGAGCCCCUGCCCAGCGCAGCCCCCCAGCCAGGAGCAGGCGGCCGCGGCCCCUCCUGAGCCCGCGGCCCACGCCGCUGCCCCGGCCAGUGCCCUCCAGCCCCAUGGCGGGGAAGGGGCCGGGGCAGCUGCCACGGCAGGGAUCCAGGAACCCGGGGCACCUGGGCUGGGGGCUCAGGCAGGCCCCAGCGGGGAUGCCUGGAGCACUGCCCCCCAGGAACAGCACAUGGACCCUGCCAAGCCCCAGAAGCCAUCCCCCAAGAAGGCGCCCAAGGCCGGGGGCAAGAGCCGCGGGCCGGGCGGCAGCUGCGAAUUCUGCGGGAAGCACUUCACCAACAGCAGCAACCUGACCGUGCACCGACGCUCGCACACCGGCGAGCGGCCCUACGCCUGCGAGCUCUGCCCCUAUGCCUGCGCGCAGAGCAGCAAGCUCAACCGGCACCGCCGCAUGCACGGCCUGGGCGCCGACGGCCCGCGCUUCCCCUGCCCGCACUGCCUCGUGCCCUUCGGCCUGCGCGCCACUCUGGACAAGCACCUGCGGCAGAAGCACCCCGAGGUGGCUGGGGAAGCCUGA